AGCUUGUUGGAGAGAAUUUCAUCAUCAAACUAAUACUAAUUAAUAUAUACUAUAUAAAUAAUAAUAAUAAUAGAGGAAAAUGUGGGGACAACCAAGUAUGGGACAACCUUCUACAGGGUUUCAAAUGGGACAAAUGCAAGGAAAUCCACAAAUGGGAGAUGUUAAUCCGAAUGGAAGUUAUUGUUUACCUGAUCUUCCUUCUGAUACAGUUUCCAUGAUUUCAUGGUGUCCUACUCAGAAUUUUAUUGUUGCUAGUUCUUGGGAUGGAUCAGUCACAGCCUGGGAAAUUCAAGCAGCACAAAAUAUGGGAAAGGUACAAGUUAUGGCAUCAGCUAAGGCAAGAUAUAAACAUGAAGCUCCUGCUCUCUGUUGUUGUAUGUCUAGGGAUGGUAAAAUAUUCUCUGCAGGUUGUGAUAACAAGGCUAAAUAUCAACAAUUAGGACAACAAGCGGAUGUAACUUUUGGACAACACGAUCAACCUAUUAAAAUAAUUAAAUCAUUAGAUGGAGUGGAAGGAAUGCAAACUAUAGUAAUGACAGGAAGUUGGGAUAAAUCAAUUAAAUACUGGGAUAUUAGAAAUAAUAAUGGACAAGCCGUAAUGUCUCUACCACAAGCUGAUAAGAUUUAUGACGUAUCUGUGGCAGGAAAUAUGGCUGUAGUAGCUUUGGCUAAUAAGGAAGUUUACAUUUAUGAUGUCAGAAAACCACAAGAACCAUUUAAAAAGUACCCAUCACCACUCAGAGAACAAACCAGAUGUGUUGCUUGUUUCCCUGACAUGUCAGGAUUUGCAAUUGGAUCUAUUGAAGGACGUGUCGGUAUCAAUUAUUUCCAAGAAACAACUACAAGGAAGAAUUUUGCUUUCAAGUGUCACAGAGAUGGCCCAAAUACUGCCAAUGUAUAUGCAGUCAAUGCUCUCUCAUUCCAUCCAAGUUUUGGAUCAUUUUCUACUGCUGGUGCUGAUGGUACUUUCCACUUUUGGGAUCACACCUCAAAACAAAGAUUACACCAAUUCAAAAAAUUGGGUGCCGACUUGACACUGCUUUCAACAGGUUUCAAUGGAGAUGGUUCCUUAUUUGCCUAUGCUGUUGGUUACGAUUGGAGUAAGGGUCACGAACAUUACAAUAAGCAUACUUAUAUUUACAUUCAUGUGUGUGAAGAACCUCAAGUUAAACCAAAGAAAUAAACAAUUUUGUAAAUCUC